AUGAGUGUAUUUCACCUUGCCGAACGAGAAAAUACACUUCAACAAUUAACUAAUGAAAAUGCAACAUUUAUUUGGUAUCACCUAAUACUGAUAGUUGUUCGAUUAAUGACAAACUAUGGUAAUUCAAAAGAUAAAGUGAUCGCUGAAUUUCGAGUAAGUUAUUAUCAUGACGCAGCCAAACAAAUGAAAAUAAAUUAUUUUGAACAAAAUUAUUCUCCAAUGAGAGCAUUUUGGUGGUAUACACGUGAUAGUUUUGUAUGUCGAUUAUUAAACAAACCUUUACGCACACAAAAUACUGAAAUUAUAUUUAAAUUUCGAUUUUUCAUCAAUGAUCUUUGCAAUCAAAUAAAACAAAGUUACCAUCAAUAUUUAGAUACUCAUUCUUCUAUUAUGGAUCAUCAAUUAACAGUUUAUCGUGGUAAACGUUUAAGUAUAACAGAACUUGAUUUACUCAAAAAUAAUAUAAAUGAACUUAUUUCAAUGAAUAGUUUCUUAAGUGCAACAUUGAAUCAAAAUGUUGCUAUACUUUUUGCAGAUGCAAUAGAUCAAUGGAAUGAAUCAUCACGAUUACAAUCGGUUCUUUUCACAGUUGAUAUUAAUAAUAUGAGUAAUAAAGAAAUGACACCCUUUGCAAUUCUAAAAAGCUAUUCGUGUUCUCCAGAUAAUAAUGAAGAAGAAGUACUUUUUACUAUAAGUACUAUUUUUAAAGUUCAUUUGGUUGAAUAA